AUGAGAAUAAGGAGCUCCAGUGACACCGGAGAGCUGAGCCAGAAACAGAAAGUCACACUGAGCUGCACAGCAUUAACCUGCACCUUCCACCAGCUGGAUGUCACCUGGUUCAAAGAUGGCAGCGCCCUCCCACAGUCUGGCCCCGCCCUCCAGCUCGGCCCGCUGACUGCAAAGGAUUCUGGGAACUACACCUGUGGUCUGAAAAUCAAUACCAAUACAAUCUCCCUGCCGUACGCCGUGCGUGUGGAGGAGGCAGAGGAGAAGGAGAAAGAUGAAGGAGCAGGAAGUAACCUGCCUCUGAUAGCCGGCCUGGUGUUCGGCGUCCUGCUGCUUCUGUUUACUGUCAUACUGGUUUUGUUCAUCAUCAGAAGGAGACGGUCAGCAGCAGAUGACGGUCAGGCAGCUGUGGGAGGUGAACUGGAUCAGAAGGUGAGUCAGCAUCCUGAUGCCACCUACAGCAGCAUCACGGAGGCCGCUGAGCAGCAGAGAGCAGAACGCCAACAGGAAGUCAGACAGGAAGUCAGACCGGCAGCAGAGGACGUCAACUACGCCGCCGUCCAGUUCAAACACAAGAGCCAGGCCAGAGCGGCGGAGGAGGAGGAGGUGGACGCCGUCAUCUACUCUGCAGUCGCCAGCAGGCGCUGAUGUCAGCUGGUCCUGGACCCGUGCAGAACCAAGAAACGUCAGACCUGAACACGGCUGGGAGACACAGACCCGAUUCACAGCUGAUUGUAAUUAACAAGUUAAAGUUAAUUUACAAGUUGUCAAAACAAAACGUUGUGUCUUACCUAAUGUGACGUUAGAAACCGUCUCGCCUGACGCAUGUCAUCCAUCCUGCUUGCCAAGAAAGGUACAAUACAUCCAGGUUUUCUGUUAUUCUCCUCUCUGACUGAGACAGAUCCACUCGUUAUUUCAGUCCACUUGUUGUCACGGUGACGGAUGACAAACAUAAUAAAGAUAACCUGGGCUGGUUGUGCUUUUGAACCGUAAUAAUUGUUGCUUGUUCGUUGCCACAGCUGCUAAUGUUAGCGUUGCUACUUUGCUAGUCUGACCUCUGCUCUCUGACCUUUGACCUCCAGAGCAGCAGCAGGAGCUCGCUCAGGUCAUUUCGUACCAUCUUUAGGCCAAAGAUGCAAUUUGCUUGCUGUUGCACAACACAAACACACACAGCACCUCCAUCACCAUCAGCACAUAAUGUUAAACAGACCCAGAACCACGACAAUAGAACAGGACCCGACCCGGACCCGGACCCGACCCGACCCGGACCCGACCCGA